AUGGCGGGACCGGCCCCCCCCUCAGGACCCCCGGCCCGGGACCAGCCUCCUCCCCCCCCCAGCCCCCUCCGGCCCGGCACCGGUCCCUGCUCAGCGCCCCCCGCCCCCCCCCGCUCCGCGGGAGCCCCGGCGGGACCCUCUCGUGAGGUUGCGGGAAAAGCCAUGAGCUCCGGAGCGGCGGCGGGGCCGAUCUUUGCCGAGGGCGAGGACUGCAGGGCGGCCUGGAGGGAAGCCACGGCGGGCUACGAUGAGCCCGACGCCCACCUGGAGAUCCUGGGCAAGCCGGUGAUGGAGCGCUGGGAGACCCCCUACAUGCACUCACUGGCCACCGUGGCUGCAUCGAAGGGCGGCCGCGUGCUCGAGGUGGGGUUUGGGAUGGCCAUCGCUGCCUCCAAGGUGCAGGAGUUGGACAUCGAGGAGCACUGGAUCAUCGAGUGCAACGAGGGCGUUUUCCAGCGCCUGGAGCAGUGGGCCAAGGCACAGCCACACAAGGUGGUGCCCCUGAAGGGACUGUGGGAAGACGUGGUGCCAGCGCUGCCGGACGGGCACUUCAGUGGGAUCCUGUACGACACCUACCCGCUGUCGGAGGACACCUGGCACACGCAUCAGUUCAACUUCAUCAAGGAGCACGCCUUCCGCCUGCUGCGGCCCGGAGGAGUCCUCACCUACUGCAACCUGACCUCGUGGGGGGAGCUGCUCAAAACCAGCUACAGCGACAUCGAGAAGAUGUUUGAAGAGACCCAGGUGGGGCCGCUGCUGCAGGCGGGGUUCAGACGGGAGAACAUCAGCACGAGCGUGAUGGAGCUGCAGCCGCCCCUCGAGUGCCGCUACUACUCCCACCCCAGGAUGAUCACCCCCACCGUCCUCAAACACUGA